AUGGCCGUCAAGACCUUGGAAGUAAAGCCCAUCUCUUCGCCAGAUAAUUCCUCUCUCAACUUCGGGGCCGAGAUCGAUAAUGUCAACCUAGAAAGCCUUAGCGAAGAGGACUUCAAAGUCAUUCGCAAUGCAUUAUACAAAUACCACGUCGUAGUUCUCAAGAACCAGGCUGGCCUCUCUCCCAAAGCUCAAUAUGAGCUUACUCGCAGAUUCGAUCCUACUGCCGAAACAUAUGGGCAUGGCAAAACGCUUGAUGCGAAACGAUCAGUCCUUCAUCCAGAUUUGAAAACCAUUCCUCAUCAAACACAAGUCCAAGUCAUCGGAAACGGAUUUUAUGAGGAAUAUGAAGGGCUGAAGAACAUUACACUUAAGCACCCUCAUCACAAAGUCUUCCACAAAACAGCUGUUCCCGAAGAAGAUGAUCUGGCAUUUACCCGUUUCUACAGAUGGCAUGUUGAUGCUGCUCUUUAUGCCCUCAAUCCACCAAAAGUAACAUCUUUGAUGGCUGUCAAGGUACCUGCCGGCCGUCGCCAAACUCUUCGUUACGAUGAUGGUAGUGGGGAAGAAAUGGAUGUUCCUCUUGGUACCACCGCUUUCGUCUCUGGUCAAAAUAUGUACAACCAGUUAAGCGAGGAGGAUAAGGAGUUCGUUCGCGGGGCAAAAGUAGAAUACGCGCCACAUCCAUAUAUUUGGAUGUCUCCUGCCAAAUCUCGCUCCACUGGUCUCGGUAUGGUUUCCGAUGGAACCGAGUUACCUCUGUCCGAACUUCCUCCGGUUGACGAGAAGGAUAUCAAGAUAUUGCCCAUGUGUUGGAAAAAUCCUGUCACUGGUAAUUUGGCACUGCAGAUCCAUCCUAGCGCCAUCAAAGCCAUUCAUCUUCCGAACGGAGAGGUCAUGACCGAUCUGAAGAAAGUGAGAGAUUUGGUUUACCGCCUCCAACGACCAGCUAUCAGUCCUCAAUUUGUGUAUCCACACGAUUGGGUCGAAGGUGACUUGGUCUUGUUCAACAAUCAAGGAGUAUUACAUUCGGUAGUUGGCGCAUUCAGCCCCGGGGAGAAGAGACUAUUUAGACAAUGUAACAUGGCUUCUUCCGAUGGAGUUAUGGGACCCGAUGGCAAGCUCUACUAG